UGUCCUGCUCACUCACCAUCUUGCUCAUUUCCCCUUCAGUUCCACUGUUCAGCAACCUGUCUCUCUGUUGGAGAUCAUUUGAACCAGUUGGAGAGAAGACCCUCUAUGCAAAUAGGCAAUGGAUGAUUUAGAUGCUUUGUUGGCAGAACUGGAACAAACCUCAGCAAGUUUAAGUGUGAGUGAUCCAGUACCCCCAAAAGGUUCCUUUCUUUUGGAACGCAACUUCAAGGAGAAACCAGUGCCAACAGCAGCAGAGACCAGUGCCAUCCAGAACAAGAAACCAGAAGCCAAGAAGGUGCAACCAGCACGUGGCAUUCAACACCGUGAAGAAGAUGCAGAAUAUAUUUACAGCAAGGUGCAAACUCCCCAGCCAGUGAUCAGUUCAUCUUCUUCCACCUCAGCUGCUCAACAGCUGGACAACCUGUUGGCUUGCUUGGGGACAAUCCAGGCCAAGAUCUCAGAUGAGAAGGAAGGUCUGACUCCUAAACAGCCAUCAUCAGCAAAACAGAAUACAGCUGACAACCUAGACAGCAUGUUGGAGGGUCUGACUCAUGAUAUGCAGGAUCUUGGUGUUGCCACUGUGCCCAAGGGCAAUUGUGCUUCCUGCCACAAACCCAUUGCUGGAAAGGUAGUUACAGCACUGGGAAAGACAUGGCACCCUGAACACUUCACCUGUGCCCACUGUGGAAAGGAAGUGGGUUCCUGCCCCUUCUAUGAGAGGGAUAGCAAGGCCUACUGCCCAGAAGACUACCAUGAUCUCUUCUCUCCUCGCUGUGGUUACUGCACUGCACCCAUCAAAGAGAAAAUCCUUACAGCCAUGAAUCAGACCUGGCACCCGGAGCAUUUCUUUUGCGCUCACUGCGGGACAGUGUUCAGCAACGAAGGUUUCCAUGAGAAGGAUGGGAAGCCAUACUGCAAGAAGGAUUUCCUGGCCCUUUUUUCUCCCAAGUGUAGAGGCUGUAACCGGCCUGUGAUGGAUCAGUAUUUGUCAGCUCUGAAUGCUGUCUGGCACUCUGAGUGCUUUGUGUGUGGAGACUGUUUUUGCAGCUUUGAUAAUGGUUCCUUCUUUGAAUUAAAUGGACGUCCUUAUUGCGAGCUUCACUUCCACCAUCACCAGGGGACAGUGUGCCACGGUUGUGAAAAGCCAAUUGUUGGGCGCUGUGUCAGUGCCAUGGGGCACAGGUUCCAUCCAGAGCACUUUGUCUGUGCCUUUUGCCUUACCCAGUUGCACAACGGCGUCUUUCAGGAGCAGAAUGGCAAAACCUACUGCCACGCUUGCUUUAACAAACUCUUUGUUUGACUCCUGGAAGCCAUGGGGAACUUACCUUUUCUCAAGCCUUUGCAAAGAAACUGAGGGGGAGGAAAACAGAGAUUUUGAGGGAACUAAGGCUGCAAUUCAAUACACACCAGAGAGUAAGUCCCAUUGAACCCAAUGAAGCUUACUUCUGAGUAGGCAUGUACUGAUUGCAGCCCAAGGCUACAAUUCUCUGAUUGCUUACUUGAGAGUGAAUUCCAUUAACCUUUAGGGGCUUACUCCUGGGUAAAGGAGCAUAGGAUUAGGCUUUAAGAAAUGCAGUGAUAGAAAAGCAUUGCAGUAGUAACAAUAGCCAUGAGCACACCAAACAGCUUCAGCACACCUGGAUAUAGAGUGUGAGAGUCUAUAUCAUUGCAUUUCAAACAACUUUGCUAGCUUACAGUAGCUGAGGAUGUGUUCCAGUUAAGGUUGCCAGGUUCUUGGCCUGAGACUGAUCCUGUAUCUUUAGGAGAAGAGAAAGUCAGCCAAGUGCAGGUGUUCUUGCAACUCUGUAAUGGGAAAAACCACAAGGUGGAAUUCUCCCUUCCCCCUGCACAACUUUUAAAGAUACAGAAGACCUCUUGGUUGCCAGGCCAGGCUUCCCUAAUUUUACAGUGCAAUCCUAUGCAUGUCUACUCAGAAGUAAAUUCCACUGAGGUCAUAAGGACUUACUCCUAAGUAAAUGUGUACAGGAUUGCAGCCAGGCAGAGCAAUCCUAUACAUAAAUUAUGUCCGGGAGGGGAUACACUACUACUGUGCUGGUGGAACAGCCAUUGUAUCCCACCAAUGAGGGACUGCCUACAUGCCACAUACACACACAGAAGGAGCAAAUGACCUCACAAUCCCAUCAUCAUCAUCAUCAUCAUCAUCAUCAUCAUCUCUCUCUCUCUCUCUCUCUCUCUCUCUCUCUCUCUCUCUCCACACCCCCCACACCCCCAUGUAAAACAAUGCCAGAGUACUUCCACUCCACAGAUAUGUGAUGGUACACACCAUGUAUUACAGGUUUGCCCUUUUGAUUGGCAGGAGCAAUAUGCUCAGAUGAACUUGGUUGCCUCUCCUUCACUAAUCUGCCAAACCUCAUAUGUGCACAAGCUAUCUCUUCUUAAUUUUUUUGAAUAGCUUUCUAUCCUUCUAUCUUCUGCUUUUUCGAGGACACUGUGGUGAAUGCCUGUGUAUCUUCAUCAUAUUGUUUGUAGCUGAAUGAGUAGCAUGCAUUUGAAAAUAAACAUCACUUUAUUAUUG